AUGGCCUCAACAUCGCAUACAGACUAUCCCCCUGAGCUUACAGCCGAAGAGCAAAACUUCAUCUUUACAGAGCUCAAAGACUGGUCGAUAGCUCAUGGCCUGGCCGUUCGCCCAGCUCCCUCCUUCGUCCAGCAAUCUCAGGAUCCUUCAGGUGUACUCGCAACAACAGCACCAGUCACAGUGUUCCCUAGCUUGUUUCCACGUACUUGCUUUGAAGAUGGUCUGUCGAUACAGAGAGCCUACAACGAACUGUAUUCUGCCAUAGCAAGAGACGAGCAAUGGCUGCAGGGCAUCGUCGAAGAGCUAGUCGAUGUUGACGACUUCGUCGCAAAGCUGUGGCAGACUCACCUUGCUGUGAAGAAAGAGGGUUAUGUCCAAGACGUAUCACUUGGUCUUUUUCGUUCGGAUUACAUGGUUCACGAGGAUCCGUCUCAGAGCAACCCUGCGCCUGGUCUGAAGCAAGUUGAGUUCAACACCAUCGCAUCUUCGUUUGGUGGAUUGUCGUCUCAGGUGUCUGCGUUGCACAGGUACCUCCUGUCGCUAGGUGCAUAUCCUUCUUCGACCUCUUCCAUCAUCAAAGCAGAUGCUCUCAGACAAAGUCAGUCUACGUCACAACUAGCAAGGGGGCUUGCAGCUGGACACAAGGCCUAUGGAGAAUCCAGAACCAGGCGUCCCUUGUGCGUUCUCUUUGUUGUACAAGACCCGGAACGGAACGUCUUCGACCAGAGACAUCUGGAAUACGCCUUACUAGAAGAGAAUGGUGUACGAUCCUUUCGACUGCCCUUCGGAAGGACAUUAGAGCACACCAAACUCGAUGGAAAUCGGACAUUAGUAUACAGUCCGCCUCACUCUUCUUCGACGUCGUAUGAAGUGACUACCAUUUACUUCCGGGCAGGAUACUCACCCGACGACUACGUGAAGGAAGAGGACUGGGCAGCGCGACUACAUCUCGAGAAGAGCAGGGCGAUCAAAUGCCCAAGUGUACUGACUCAACUCGCUGGGUGCAAGAAAGUUCAACAAGUUCUGGCGACCCCUCAGUCACCCCACUUGAAGCGCUUUCUGCCCGACGACCAGGUUGCGUCACGGUUACUAGAAACUUUUGCGCCUAUCUACCCGCUUGACAACAGCAAUGCAGGCAAGGAAGCGAAGAAGCUUGCGACUGAUCCAUCGUCAGCGGCUCGAUUUGUCCUGAAACCUCAACGCGAGGGAGGCGGCAACAACAUCUAUCGCAAAGCGAUCCCUCCGUUUCUGGAGAAGCUUCCCGAGACACAAUGGCCAGCAUACAUUCUGAUGGAGAUGAUCGAACCGCCACCCCUUCGCAACGCUAUCAUCCGUAACGGGGUGCUGGAAAGGGGUGGUGUCAUAUGCGAACUGGGCGUGUACGGAGUCUGCCUUUGGCGAGACGGCUCCGGAAAGAAUCAAAAAGGCGAAAUUCUGGAGAACUUCGAUGCAGGAUAUCUUCUCCGCACCAAGGGGGAUCAAAGUGAAGAAGGAGGAGUGGCCGCAGGGUUCGGGGCGGUGGACAGCUGCUGCUUGGUUGAGAGCUGA